AUGUUUUGUUCUGUAUCUAAGCGCCGAAUCUCUAGUUCUUCCUCAUACUCAUGCUCUCUGAUGAGCAGGACGAGCUUUGAGAGUAGCAAAUCGCGCCGUACCUAUGCAUCGACUCCUGAUCACAGGCCCUUGGCUCGACGCAAGAGAAUCAUCGUGGCCAUGACAGGUGCAACCGGAGCUAUUCUAGGCAUCAAAGUUCUCGAGGCACUUCGUCGCAUGAACGUGGAGACGCACCUCAUUGUCAGCAAGUGGGCGGAUGCGACCAUCAAAUAUGAAACCGAUUACGCACCGGCGACUGUUAGGGAACUCGCCGACUUCGCAUACACCGCAAACAAUCUUGCUGCUCCUGUGAGCAGUGGCUCUUUCCACACGGAUGGUAUGAUAGUAGUGCCAUGUAGCAUGAAGUCUUUGGCUGGGAUACGGACUGGGUACUGCAGUGAUCUGAUUGCACGUGCAGCAGAUGUCAUACUGAAGGAGAGAAGGAAACUGGUCAUGGUGGUAAGGGAGACACCACUGAGUGAUAUUCACCUUGAGAAUAUGCUGUCUUUGACAAGGUCUGGAGCCAUCAUGUUCCCACCGGUACCUGCAUUUUAUACCCGGCCAGACUCGGUGGAUGAUAUCAUACAGCAAAGCGUGGGCAGGAUGCUGGACAUGUUUGAUCUAGAUACAGGCGAUUUCGAAAGAUGGGAGGGAAUGAAACAGAAGUGA